AUGCCUCGCUCAGUUGACUCAACUACCCUGUUUAUAAGAAACUUCUCUAGCUUUAAGAUGUCUGAAAGUCAAGUUUUAACCCACCCAACCAUCAAAGAUGGUUGGUUCCACGAAAUAAGUGACACCAUGUGGCCAGGUCAGGCUAUGGCUUUGCGUGUCGAAAAGAUUUUGUUCGCUGGCAAAUCAAAAUACCAAGACGUUCUUGUGUUCAAGUCUACUGAUUAUGGUAAUGUUCUUGUAUUGGACAAUGUCAUCCAAGUUACCGAACGUGAUGAGCACGCUUAUCAAGAAAUGAUCACCCACUUGGCGAUCGCUUCCCACCCAAAGAAACAAGGCUUGAAUGUGUUAGUGGUUGGUGGUGGUGACGGUGGUGUGCUCCGUGAAGUUUUGAAAUACGGAGACGCCAUUGAACAGGCCACUCUUUGUGACAUUGAUGAAAUGGUCAUUGAUGUUUCCAAGAAAUACUUGCCAGGAUUGAGCAACGGUGCUUACGAUCAUCCAAAGGUUAAAACUUACAUUGGUGAUGGGUUUGAAUUCCUCAAGACUUAUGAAAACACCUUUGAUGUUAUUAUUACCGAUUCUUCAGACCCUGAAGGUCCAGCGGAAUCUUUGUUCCAAGAACAUUACUUCAAAUUAUUGAACAACUCCUUGAAGGAAGAUGGUAUCAUAACCACCCAGGCAGAAAACAUCUGGUUGCACAUGCCAAUCAUCAAGAAGUUGAAAGAAACUUGCUCCAAGAUCUUCCCUGUUGUUCAAUACGGUUACACCACCAUUCCAACUUAUCCAUCUGGUCAAAUUGGGUUUAUGGUUUGCAGCAAGGGCAAGACGGUUGAUGUCACUAAGCCAACUAAGAAGUUCACCAAAGAAGAAGAAAAGAAAUUGUUCAAAUACUACAACAGUGAAAUUCACGAAGCCGCCUUUGUUUUGCCAACUUUUGCUGCAGUUGAAUUAAAUUAG